AUGCUCCGUUCAUACCUGCAGCUGGGCAGGCAGCGCACGCCAGCUCGUCGCCAACCAUGCGGACGAUUCCUCAAGUCGACGACAUCGUUACCGCGGUGGUCUCAGAUCCGAACGCUCGCCUCAGUAUCUAGUUCGGAGAGCUUGCCCGAGGUUGGAGACCAGCUUCAUGGUUUUACCGUCCAGGAGAAGAAGCAAGUCCCGGAACUACACCUUACGGCUGUCCGGUUAAGGCAUGACAAGACACAUGCAGAUUACCUCCAUAUCGCCAGAGAAGACAAAAACAAUGUUUUCGGCAUUGGCUUCAAGACGAACCCCCCGGAUGCCACGGGUGUGCCUCACAUUCUGGAGCAUACCACUCUUUGCGGCAGUGAAAAAUACCCCAUUCGCGAUCCGUUCUUCAAGAUGCUCCCGCGCUCCCUCUCAAACUUCAUGAACGCCUUUACCUCAUCCGACCACACGAUGUAUCCGUUUGCGACGACCAAUGCGCAGGACUUCCAGAAUCUCCUGUCGGUCUACCUGGAUGCCACCAUGCACCCUUUACUCAAAGAGGAAGACUUCAGGCAGGAAGGAUGGCGCCUUGGGCCGGAAGACCCUCGCGCGAUCCAGACCAAGGAGGGCGAUCUCAAACCGGAUGACAUUCUGUUCAAGGGUGUCGUAUACAAUGAAAUGAAGGGUCAAAUGUCAGACGCGAACUACCUGUACUGGAUUAGGUUCCAGGAGAGCAUUUUCCCUGCCAUAAACAACUCCGGAGGUGACCCUCAACAUAUCACGGACUUGACGCACAAGCAGUUGGUCGACUUCUCCAAGCAGAACUAUAACCCAAGCAACGCUAAGAUCAUGACUUACGGUGACAUGCCGUUGGCCGAUCAUCUCAAGCAGGUUGGUAAUGUCUUAGACAGUUUCUCGAAAGGAGCGGCCGAUACAUCUGUCAAGCUACCCAUUGAUCUCCGCGGUCCCGUGAACGUGACUGUCCCAGGGCCAAUCGACACUUUUGCGAGCGAAGACAAGCAGUACAAGACCUCCACUUCGUGGUACAUGGGAGAUACCACGGAUAUUGUCGAGACCUUCUCAGCCGGUAUCCUCUCGUCUCUGUUGCUCGACGGUUACGGUUCUCCCAUGUACAAAGCUCUGAUUGAAAGUGGACUGGGCUCUUCGUUCACUCCUAAUACUGGACUCGACACCUCCGGCAAAGUUCCUAUCUUCUCUAUCGGUGUUACUGGCGUGAGCGAGGAUCAAGCUCCUAGGGUGAAAGAAGAAGUCCAGCGUGUCCUUCAAGAGACACUCUCCAAGGGCUUCAACGACGAGAAGGUUCAAGGAUUUUUGCAUCAGCUGGAGCUUGCGCUCCGUCAUAAAACGACUAACUUUGGCCUUGGAGUUAUCCAAAAAACCCUCUCCUCUUGGUUCAAUGGCUCAGAUCCCAUGAAGGAGCUCGCUUGGAACGAGGUCAUCAACGGCUUCAAAAAGAGGUACGAGCAGGGCGGUUACCUAGAGUCGCUGAUGGAAAAGUACCUCAUCAAUGACAACUGCCUAACUUUUACUAUGGUCGGUACGCCUUCGUUCAACAAGGAGUUGGAUGAGAAGGAAAUGGUACGGAAGGAGAAGAAGUUCGAACAACUUAUUCAGCAGCAUGGGUCUGCUGAAAAAGCUGUGACUGAGCUUGCCAAAGCAGAGCUGCAACUGCUUGAAGUUCAAGAGAAGGCCCAGCAUGCCGACCUGAGCUGCUUGCCGUCCCUGCGGGUCGAGGAUAUCUCACGGCAAAAGGAGUACAAACCGGUUCGCGAAUCUAAAGUCGAAGGCACAGAUGUUGUAUGGCGCGAAGCCCCCACCAACGGCCUGACCUACUUCCAAGCUGUGAAUGCUUUUGCGGAUCUUCCUGACGAGCUUCGCCUGCUCCUGCCACUUUUCAACGACGCCAUCAUGCGGCUCGGAACACCAACUAGGACAAUGGAACAGUGGGAAGACUUGAUUAAGCUCAAGACGGGUGGUGUUUCGACCUCAUCUUUUCACACAUCGUCACCAACGGAGCUGGGUAAAUUCAGCGAAGGUCUCCAGUUCACCGGUUUUGCUGUGGACAAGAAUAUCCCCGACAUGCUGGAAAUACUGACAGCUCUUGUUACGGAGACCGACUUCACCAGCCCUUACGCACCAGCGAUGAUCCAGGAGCUAUUGCGGCUGUCUACCAACGGGGCGCUGGAUGCUGUUGCGGGAACCGGUCACCGAUACGCUCUAAACGCAGCAGCUGCCGGUCUCUCUCGUAGCUUCUGGGUACAAGAGCAGACCUCAGGUCUAGCACAGCUGCAAGCUACGGCGAACCUCCUGCGAGAUGCCGAGACUUCUCCCGAACGCCUAGCAGAGCUGAUUGAGAAACUUCGCCUCAUUCAGUCAUUUGCCAUCUCGAAAACAUCUGGUCUCCGAGUCCGCCUCGUCUGCGAACCGAGCAGCUCAAGCCAGAAUGAGUCUGCUCUACAAAAGUGGAUUGCUGGGCUCCCCAAGACCCCGUCGCCAUUUUUCCAGUCUCAAAGCUUCGACUCGAGCUCGGUUAUCAAUAAGGCGUUCUAUGACCUACCUUACAAGGUCUACUACUCCGGUCUGGCUUUGCCGACUGUGCCCUUCACAAAUUCCUCCAGCGCCACCCUGAGCGUCCUUUCUCAGCUCUUGACACACAACUACCUCCACCCUGAGAUCAGAGAAAAGGGAGGCGCGUAUGGUGCGGGAGCAAGCAACGGCCCAGUCAAGGGAUUCUUUGCCUUCACCAGCUACCGCGACCCGAACCCUGCCAACACCCUCAAGGUCUUCCAGAAUAGUGGUAUUUUCGCGCGAGACCGUGCCUGGUCAGAUCGUGAAAUCAAUGAGGCUAAGUUGGGUAUCUUCCAAGGCCUCGAUGCCCCUGUUAGCGUCGAUGAGGAAGGAUCCAGAUAUUUCCUGAGUGGUGUCACCCACGAGAUGGAUCAACGCUGGAGAGAACAAGUCCUAGACGUCACCGCCAAGGACGUCAAUGAGGCUGCGCAGACCUUCCUGGUCGACGGUACUCGCCGGUCCGUCUGCCUUCUCGGUGAGAAGAAGGACUGGGCGGAGUCCGAUGGCUGGGAGGUGCGCAAGCUCUCCAUCAACCCUCCUGAGGUCGCGGAUAUCCCUGCGGGUGAUGCUGCCUCGGCAUAA